AUGCUACCAAGCGGCGCACGACUGGCUGUUGCCUUACUAAGACGGUAUCAAUCGCUACUGUUAAGGUCUGAAAUGGCAAAGACCUCCGGAAGCGCUCAGACGGAGGCUCGCAUAAAUGGUGAAGACGACCAGAGGCCAAUAUGCUUUGAGACUGGUCAUAUAGCACGUUUGGCUGAUGGUGCAGCUGUUGUUUCGCAGGGAGAUACUGUCGUAUGUUAG